UACCUAAAGAAGUUACUGCAGCGGCACACGUAGCCUACUUGUGCUCGUCCCUAAAUUUCUCUCAUACAGUCCUAAUCGUCAUUAAUAUAGGAAGGCUACCGUGGAAAUAUAGAAAAUCGCAAUUCACAGUUGCAAAACUUCUCUCUGUGGACUUUUACAUUCAUCAUAUCAGUCGGCUGUUCGGUUCUGAAACACAAGGGGAGAUUGCGGGACGAAUUACUAUUAAGCUCCAUCAUCUUUAUUAAGUUUCUACGCAGCUGUAACGUGUUGAACAUGUUAUUGCUCUUUCUAUUGUUUUUUUUCAUGGACGGUGUGUCUGCAGAGACGGAGACCGUGAUGGAGGGAGAUUCUGUUACUCUACACACCAAUCUUUCUGAAAUACUGAACGAUGAUACGAUACUGUGGCUGUUUGGACCUAAAGAAUCUCUCAUAUCUCAAAUAACGAGAAAGGGUGACUUGAACUCAAUUUAUUUCACAGAUGAUGAGAAAUUCAGACACAGAUUACAGGUGGACCAAAACACUGGAUCUCUCACCGUCAGAAACAUCAGAAUCAGACACUCGGGACAAUAUAAACUCUCCAUCUCUAGAGAAAUGAUUACCAUAAAGAUAUUUCAUGUUACUGUCUUUGGUGUGGUUAAUGAGACGGAUGAAGUGAAGUCCGAGUCAGUGAUGGAGGGAGAAUCUGUCACUCUAAACGCUGAUGUUGAAGUACAGAGAGAUGAUCUGAUCGUGUGGAGGUUUGGAGAUAGAGGAAUUCUCCUGGCUAAAAUUGAUGUGGAAACUAAAGAGACUUCAUUAAACGACGAUGAUGAGAGAUUCAGAGACCGACUGAAGAUAGAUCAUCAGACUGGAACUCUGACCAUCAAGAACACCAGAACCGAACACAGUGGACUUUAUGAACUUCAGAUCAGAGGCCGUGAGAGCUCACAGCGAUUCCUUCUUUCUGUCACUGCUGUUUCAGAUCCGGGUCUGUCUCCGGGUGCUAUUGCAGGAAUAACUGUUGCUGUUCUUCUGGUUCUGGUUGUAGUUGUGAUUUACCAUCUCUACAUGAUCUCUAAACUAAAAAACCAAGUCGCUAAGGAAAAAUCAGGGGCUCAGGGAAAUGCCCUUCUCGAGACUGGUGUUAAAAUAAAGACAGAUGAUCUGAUACUGUGGACGUUUGGACUUGAAAACCAUCUCGUUGCUACAGUUGAUUCAAGUUCAUUUAAUAUUGAUGAGAGUUUCGGAGCCAGAUUUAUUGACGGAGACAGACUAAAGCUGGAUCGUAAGACUGGAUCUCUGACCAUCAAAAACAUCGAACCUAAAGACUAUGGACAUUAUAAACUACAGAUCGUCAACAAAAAACAGACCAAAUUCAAGAGAUUCAAUGUGUUCGACCCUGCUGAGGAAAUAUCAGUGGCUGAGGGAAAUGAUGUCCCUCUCAAGGUGGUGGGUGUUAAAAUCAAGCCAGGUGAUGUGAUACUGUGGACGUUUGGAGCUGAAAACUGUCUUGUUGCUAGAGCCGAUUCAGAAACAAUUGUUUAUAAUAAUAAGAGAUUCGGAGACAGAGUGGAGCUGAAUCCUCAGACUGGAUCUCUGACCAUCAAAGACAUAAAAAAAAAAGACUCUGGACAUUAUAAAUUACAGAUCUUCAACGCAGAACAGGCCAAAUUCAAGAGAUUCAUUGUGACAGUCGCUGGAAAAUCAGCUUAUGCAAAAACAGCUUCUGUGAAGGAAGAGAGAACGUAUAAACCUUCGCAUGGGCAAAAUCCGCUGAUGGAGACUCAUGUUAAUGAAUGAAUGAUAAGACACACCCAACUGUGCUAUUCACAGUGAUGUCACAAAACAAUUGAUACUGUACAUAAUAGGCAGCCGAUGUAGUUUUGGCAGUGCCGGGCUAAUGCAUGCACAAACGUACGCUCAAAGCUUUCAAUCGAUUCCAACCUACAGGAGGUGGAGCUGAGACACGAGGAAAGGAAACGAGGAUGCAAAAAUAAGAAUUGAGAAGCACCCAAAGUAAACUGCCUAUGGAACAAUGUAACCCAGUUCCAUGUGACUGCUUUCUGAUUAUUGUGUUGUUGCAUUCCUGAUUUUGCUGUCGCGUGUGCAUCCCUGGUGAGAUACUUAUCUACCAGUUCAGUUUAUUAAAUGAACUUUCUUUUACUUAAACUGCUCUGCCGUACUAUUUCAAUUUGUAUAACUUUGAAUUAUACAUAUAUUGCUUAUCCAUAUAUUGCUUGAACUGUAUACAAGGUAAAUAGCCUCACUCAUACACGACUGCCCUGCUGAAAUUGGAUAACCUGAAGUAUUAUAACCUGUAACCUUUUGAUAUUUUUCUACAAAAGUGAAAAGUGUAUCUUUUGUUCAAAUAAAUGUAUUUGAUAAAGACAAAA